UGCUCUUUUGAGUAUUAUUAUUAUUAUUAUUAUUAAUAUUAUUAUUAGUAGUAGUAUCUUAUGAAACACUGAGGAUAAACGACUUGCGCUUUCUUUCAAAUGGAUAUUAAUACUGCAAAGCUGCUCUUAUCUAUUGUAGUUGUAAUUUCAGCAAAAGACAUUCCGGAGUGUGAUAAGACAGCUCUAUACAUGGAGAUGGAGGUGUGCGGAGAACAGUUCAAGACUGAUAUGGCUGAAUUAAACCUUACGAAUCAGUGCAACAUAGCAUAUUUUAUUAGAGAGUACGACUUCUUUACGACCUGCACAGAGACCAUCGCAGUGAAGAUAGGCUGCUUUUGGCCCCACCCAGUGGUAGAACACUAUAUCAUCCUUAUCCACGAACAGUUCUUUUCCAACUGCACUCACGAAUCCAUGGUUGGGAGUGACUUUGAGGAACUCAUUGUCAACGUAAUCAUCAUCUUUACAGUCUUUCUUACACUGGCCAUAGUAGCAAUAGUGGCAUGGUUCAGCAAGCAAAGCUAGAAGCAACUAUAGAUUGGAAAUGGUAUGUACUCUUAGUGGAACUUCCAGCUUGUUGUGAAAAUUCAAAGAAACACACACUCAGAGAAGACACAGUCAGGCUUGUUUAAGUUUAUUCACAAAUGCAUCCGGGUCCAAGCAAAUGACCAAAGACAAUCAUGGAAUAUCACCCACGGUUUUAUACACUGUUGAUUGUUGGUUGAAUGUCUGGAUGAUAUGGUAUCCCAAUCACCGCACUUAGGUUCUUAGAUUACUGAGUGGCUUAACUUUGGAUCACAUGUCUUGGAAACAGAAUUUGAUCUUUACCAUGUUCCAACUGGUAUGCAGGCCCAAGACUAAACACUUAGCAGUAAUUAAGGAAAUGUCAUUGUAUGGAGAAAAACAUUCUCCAUGGUACAAUAUAGUGUUGUAUGCACAAACUGUUUAACCAGGAGUAUCAUUUACAUACUAAACCUGGAUCCAUAAGUUAUGUAAUAUGUAUUAUAGCUUAUUCCUAUGAGGGAUUUUUUUGUGUGUAGAUAUACAGGUGCAUCUCAAUAAAUUAGAAUAUCAUUGAAAAGUUGAUUUAUUUCAGUGAUUCAAUUCAAAACCUAUACUAUAUAGAUUCGUUACACACAGACUGAUAUAUUUCAAGUGUUUAUUUAUUUAUUUUUUUGUUUUAUUUUGAUGAUUAUGGAUUACAGCUAAUGAAUCCCAAAAUUCAGUAUCUCAAAAAUUGUGAAAAAGAUCAAUAUUGGAGACUCAUGGUGUCACACUCUAAUCAGCUAAUUAACUAAAAACACCUUGAAAGUUUUUCUGAGUUUUUAAAGGUUCUUUUAGGUAGGUUCAGUAGGCUACACAAUCAUGAGGAAGACUGCUGAUUUAACAGUUGUCCAGAAGACGAUCAUUGACACCCUGCACAUGGAGGGUAAGACACAAAAGGCCCUUGCUAAAGAAGCUAGCUGUUUACAGAAUGCUGUAUCCAAGCACAUUAAUGGAACGUUGAAUAAAAUGCGUAAGAAAAAAUUGCAUUUUUGAAGGAGAUUCACAAGGAGCGGACUGCAGCUGGAGUCUGUGCUUCACACACAAACAGAUUCAGACAGAUACUUCCCACUAACAAGACAUGGGCUACAAAUGCAUCGCAUUCCCUGUUUCAAGCUACUUUUGAACAAGAGACAACGUUAGAGGUGUCUUACCUGGGCUUAGGACAGAAAGCACUGGCCUGUUGCUCAGUAGGCCAAAGUCAUCUUUUUAGAUAAGAGUAAAUUUUGCAUUUCAUUUGGAAAUCACUGGAGAUUGGAGUCUGGAGGAAAAGAGAAGAGAGACAGAAUUCAAUUUGCUUGAGGUCCAGUGUAAAGUUUGCACAGUCAGUGGUGGUUUGGGAAGCCAUGUCAUCUGCUGGUGUUGGUCCACUAUGUUUUAUAAGGUCAGGGCAGCCAUCUAUCAGGAGGUUUAGAGCAUUUCAUGCCUCUCUCCGCUGACUAGCUUCUUGAAGAUGCUGAUUAAAUUUUCUAGCAGGACUUGACACCUGCCUACACUGCCAAAAAUACUCAUACAGUACCUGGUUUAAGGACCAUAGUAUUUUUGUGCUUGAUUGGCUUGUGUUUACCUGACCUAAACCCCCUAGAGAAUCUAUGUUAUUGUUAAGAGGAAGAUGCGAGAGCCAACAACCACUGAGGCCACUAUUAAAGCAACCUGGGAUUCCAUAACACCUGAGCAGUGCCACAGACUGAUCGCCUUUAUGCCACGCUGCAUUGCUGCAGUAAUUCAUGUAAAGGGAGCGUAAAGUAUUGAGUGCUGUACUUGUUCAUACUUUUUAAUAGUCAAACACUUCUGUGUUCAAAAUCUUUUAAAAUUGGGAUUAAGUAAUACUCUAUUCAUCAGCUGUUAGCCAUAAUCAUCAAAAUG